CAACCAAUAACAUCGUUGCUUCAAGUGAUGGGAAAACUAAAACUACGACGACUGCAGGUAACACGGCUUACACCGACGGCACCAAUAACGUUAGCGUAGGCAAUAGUGGCUUAUCUGUAAAUGAUGGUACCAAUACAAGCAAAGUAACAGCUACUGGACUUACUGUAAAUAAUGGUCCAAGUGUUACUACCACAGGUAUUGAUGCUGCAAAAAUGAAAGUAACCAAUGUUGCAGAUGGUGAUGUAAAUUCAACAUCAAAAGAUGCGAUUAAUGGUAGUCAGCUAUAUGCCACGCAACAAAGUGGUCUUAACUUUAAAGACAAUAACGGCACAGUCACACAUAAAAACUUGGGUGAAACCUUAACCAUUAAGGGGACAGGAACCAAGGCCGAUGAUCAAUACAAUACAGCCAAUAUUAAAACCACUACGGAUAGCAGUGGUAACGUUGUGGUGGGUAUUGAUCAGAACUCGAAUUUCCAAACGGUUACUGCAACGGAUACGAAUGGCAACAACAGUGUGUUGUCGGGUACAGGCACAGCUGUAAAAUCUAGCGAUGGCAAAACGACAGCAAAUUAUGAUUUAACUGAAUCUAAGUUGACGGACUCUAGUGGCAAUACCAACACGAGUACAGCAACCAAUAACAUCAUUGCCUCAAGUGAUGGAAAUACAAAAACCACGACGACUGCAGGUAACACGGCUUACACCGAUGGCACCAAUAACGUUAGCGUAGGUAAUAGUGGCUUGUCUGCGAGCAAUGGCUCGAAUAGCAGUACUGUUACUGCAACCAACGGUUUAAAUGUUACUGAUGGCACCAAUACAAGCAAAGUCACAGCCACUGGACUUACUGUAAAUAAUGGUCCAAGUGUUACUACCACAGGUAUUGAUGCUGCAAAAAUGAAAGUAACCAAUGUUGCAGAUGGUGAUGUAAAUUCAACAUCAAAAGAUGCGAUUAAUGGUAGUCAGCUAUAUGCCACGCAACAAAGUGGUCUUAACUUUAAAGACAAUAACGGCACAGUCACACAUAAAAACUUGGGUGAAACCUUAACCAUUAAGGGGACAGGAACCAAGGCCGAUGAUCAAUACAAUACAGCCAAUAUUAAAACCACUACGGAUAGCAGUGGUAACGUUGUGGUGGGUAUUGAUCAGAACUCGAAUUUCCAAACGGUUACUGCAACGGAUACGAAUGGCAACAACAGUGUGUUGUCGGGUACAGGCACAGCUGUAAAAUCUAGCGAUGGCAAAACGACAGCAAAUUAUGAUUUAACUGAAUCUAAGUUGACGGACUCUAGUGGCAAUACCAACACGAGUACAGCAACCAAUAACAUCAUUGCCUCAAGUGAUGGAAAUACAAAAACCACGACGACUGCAGGUAACACGGCUUACACCGAUGGCACCAAUAACGUUAGCGUAGGUAAUAGUGGCUUGUCUGCGAGCAAUGGCUCGAAUAGCAGUACUGUUACUGCAACCAACGGUUUAAAUGUUACUGAUGGCACCAAUACAAGCAAAGUCACAGCCACUGGACUUACUGUAAAUAAUGGUCCAAGUGUUACUACCACAGGUAUUGAUGCUGCAAAAAUGAAAGUAACCAAUGUUGCAGAUGGUGAUGUAAAUUCAACAUCAAAAGAUGCGAUUAAUGGUAGUCAGCUAUAUGCCACGCAACAAAGUGGUCUUAACUUUAAAGACAAUAACGGCACAGUCACACAUAAAAACUUGGGUGAAACCUUAACCAUUAAGGGGACAGGAACCAAGGCCGAUGAUCAAUACAAUACAGCCAAUAUUAAAACCACUACGGAUAGCAGUGGUAACGUUGUGGUGGGUAUUGAUCAGAACUCGAAUUUCCAAACGGUUACUGCAACGGAUACGAAUGGCAACAACAGUGUGUUGUCGGGUACAGGCACAGCUGUAAAAUCUAGCGAUGGCAAAACGACAGCAAAUUAUGAUUUAACUGAAUCUAAGUUGACGGACUCUAGUGGCAAUACCAACACGAGUACAGCAACCAAUAACAUCAUUGCCUCAAGUGAUGGAAAUACAAAAACCACGACGACUGCAGGUAACACGGCUUACACCGAUGGCACCAAUAACGUUAGCGUAGGUAAUAGUGGCUUGUCUGCGAGCAAUGGCUCGAAUAGCAGUACUGUUACUGCAACCAACGGUUUAAAUGUUACUGAUGGCACCAAUACAAGCAAAGUCACAGCCACUGGACUUACUGUAAAUAAUGGUCCAAGUGUUACUACCACAGGUAUUGAUGCUGCAAAAAUGAAAGUAACCAAUGUUGCAGAUGGUGAUGUAAAUUCAACAUCAAAAGAUGCGAUUAAUGGUAGUCAGCUAUAUGCCACGCAACAAAGUGGUCUUAACUUUAAAGACAAUAACGGCACAGUCACACAUAAAAACUUGGGUGAAACCUUAACCAUUAAGGGGACAGGAACCAAGGCCGAUGAUCAAUACAAUACAGCCAAUAUUAAAACCACUACGGAUAGCAGUGGUAACGUUGUGGUGGGUAUUGAUCAGAACUCGAAUUUCCAAACGGUUACUGCAACGGAUACGAAUGGCAACAACAGUGUGUUGUCGGGUACAGGCACAGCUGUAAAAUCUAGCGAUGGCAAAACGACAGCAAAUUAUGAUUUAACUGAAUCUAAGUUGACGGACUCUAGUGGCAAUACCAACACGAGUACAGCAACCAAUAACAUCAUUGCCUCAAGUGAUGGAAAUACAAAAACCACGACGACUGCAGGUAACACGGCUUACACCGAUGGCACCAAUAACGUUAGCGUAGGUAAUAGUGGCUUGUCUGCGAGCAAUGGCUCGAAUAGCAGUACUGUUACUGCAACCAACGGUUUAAAUGUUACUGAUGGCACCAAUACAAGCAAAGUCACAGCCACUGGACUUACUGUAAAUAAUGGUCCAAGUGUUACUACCACAGGUAUUGAUGCUGCAAAAAUGAAAGUAACCAAUGUUGCAGAUGGUGAUGUAAAUUCAACAUCAAAAGAUGCGAUUAAUGGUAGUCAGCUAUAUGCCACGCAACAAAGUGGUCUUAACUUUAAAGACAAUAACGGCACAGUCACACAUAAAAACUUGGGUGAAACCUUAACCAUUAAGGGGACAGGAACCAAGGCCGAUGAUCAAUACAAUACAGCCAAUAUUAAAACCACUACGGAUAGCAGUGGUAACGUUGUGGUGGGUAUUGAUCAGAACUCGAAUUUCCAAACGGUUACUGCAACGGAUACGAAUGGCAACAACAGUGUGUUGUCGGGUACAGGCACAGCUGUAAAAUCUAGCGAUGGCAAAACGACAGCAAAUUAUGAUUUAACUGAAUCUAAGUUGACGGACUCUAGUGGCAAUACCAACACGAGUACAGCAACCAAUAACAUCAUUGCCUCAAGUGAUGGAAAUACAAAAACCACGACGACUGCAGGUAACACGGCUUACACCGAUGGCACCAAUAACGUUAGCGUAGGUAAUAGUGGCUUGUCUGCGAGCAAUGGCUCGAAUAGCAGUACUGUUACUGCAACCAACGGUUUAAAUGUUACUGAUGGCACCAAUACAAGCAAAGUCACAGCCACUGGACUUACUGUAAAUAAUGGUCCAAGUGUUACUACCACAGGUAUUGAUGCUGCAAAAAUGAAAGUAACCAAUGUUGCAGAUGGUGAUGUAAAUUCAACAUCAAAAGAUGCGAUUAAUGGUAGUCAGCUAUAUGCCACGCAACAAAGUGGUCUUAACUUUAAAGACAAUAACGGCACAGUCACACAUAAAAACUUGGGUGAAACCUUAACCAUUAAGGGGACAGGAACCAAGGCCGAUGAUCAAUACAAUACAGCCAAUAUUAAAACCACUACGGAUAGCAGUGGUACAGGUACAGCUGUAAAAUCUAGCGAUGGCAAAACGACAGCAAAUUACGGUCUGAAUCAGGCGAAAUUGACCGACUCUAGUGGCAAUACCAACACGAGUACAGCAACCAAUAACAUCGUUGCUUCAAGUGAUGGGAAAACUAAAACUACGACGACUGCAGGUAACACGGCUUACACCGACGGCACCAAUAACGUUAGCGUAGGCAAUAGUGGCUUAUCUGUAAAUGAUGGUACCAAUACAAGCAAAGUAACAGCUACUGGACUUACUGUAAAUAAUGGUCCAAGUGUUACUACCACAG